GAUCUAACAACAAUAAAGCAACUCUUAAGAGAAAGAGAUCUACAAGCAUAGAUGUCACUGAACAUACACCAUCUUCUUAUUCCAGUAAGAAAAAAUGUUCCAAACCAGGUGUUCUAGCUGAUAUUACCAACACCUUGCCUUCAAUGCUUGGCACACCUUCUACAAGUGGUUCAUGUAUCUCCAAGAUAUCUACUAAGGGUAUAUACUGUAAAUCCGAAAUUUUGAUUUUGAUUUGAUUUCUCAGAGUUUGUUCUUUUUUUCUAACGUCUGUUGGCUCAAUCACAUAAAGGGAAAGGUAAGGUUGUUGCUGAAGAUAACAAGUUAAAGAGUAAUACUAGAACCAAGAGGUGUAGAAAAACAUUGGAACAACAAUUUGACGGUUGUGUAGUUGAUUAUUCGUCAUGUGAGGAUGAUGAGGACCAAGCAUUCCAAUAUGACUAUGAAGGUAUAAACGUUUUAAUGGUACCCCUAAGUUCCACUGAUUAUAUAUUUCUAAAUAUGUGGAUAUAAACCAAUUAUAUUAAAACAACUUUUUUUUGUCUACAGAAGAAUCUGAAUUAUACAAAGAACAAGUUUAUGAUUGCAGUAGCGAAGAAAGUGACACAAGUAACAAUGAAACCAUAAACUGCAACCCUAUAUCUAAAGAUUCAGAUGCCAAUCAAAGAUCACCCGAUGUCUUAUCAAAAGAAGGGAAACAGGAAAUUAAUACACAGCGUACUUCUUCCUGUGCCAAGAUGGUGAAGAGAACUUCGUCGUCUGCUCAGAUGAUGAAACCUACUUCUUCUAGAAAAUCUCGUGGUAAUCAGUUCUUUUUAUCAAGAUAGUCAAAUUAUUCAUUUACCAUUUUGUUACAUUCAGCUCGUGAUUUUAUUCUUUUAAAUACAGGUUACAUUGAUGACGGUGAUCCAACUUACAAAUGUGAACAUUGUGGGGCUAUAAUGUGGUAUGGUGAAAGGAUCAACAACAAAAAACAUACACGCAAACCUAAAUUUGCUCUUUGUUGUGGUCAAGGACAAGUUCAGCUUCCGUUGUUAAAAGAUUCACCAGCUAUAUUGAAACAAUUACUCCAUGGCAGUGAUGAACAGAGUAGAUAUUUUCGUGACAAUAUCCGAGCUAUAAAUAUGGUUUUCUCAUUUACAUCGCUUGGGGGAAAAUUCGAUCACUCAGCUCCAAAAGGCUCUGGCCCAAAAAUGAUUGUACUUCAAGGAGAAAACUAUCAUUUAAUGGGUAGUUUGAAGCCUCCAGCAGGAGACCCUGCUAAGUUUGGGCAACUAUAUAUUGUAGACACAGAAAAUGAAGUUGCCAACCGUGCUUCUAUAAUUGGAAGGUACAAAAAAUCCGCAGAAAAAGCUAAAAAGGAGUCUAUUCGGAAUCAAGUUAUCCAGUCUUUAAUGACAAUGCUUAACGAGGUCAAUCCAUAUGUCCAUCAGUUUAGAUCAGCAAAAGAUAGAUUUGAGACUAAUCCCCUGGAAACAUUCCAUAUGCGCAUUAUUAGCAGUCGUGCAAAAGAUGGAAGGACAUAUGACACUCCUACAGCAUCUGAGGUUGCUGCAUUAAUUCCAGGAGAUUUCAAUUUGGACAUGGAUAAAAGAGAUAUUGUUUUGCAAGAGAAACAAACUGGCUGGCUAAAGCGGAUAAGUGAGAUUCACCCUUCUUACUUGGCACUUCAAUAUCCUCUGAUAUUUACUUAUGGUGAAGAUGGGUUCAGACUUGGGAUUAAAAAGAAAGAGACAGAGGCUACAGCUAAACUAAAGAGGCAGACUAUUAGUAUGAGGCAGUGGUAUGCAUUCCGUCUACAGGAAAGAGAGAAUGAGUGUCAUACACUACUGCAUUCAAAGCGAUUGUUUCAGCAAUUUUUGGUCGAUUCUUAUACUUCCAUAGAGUCUAACAGGCUGUGUUAUCUACGGAUGAACCAAAAAAGCCUUAGAUCGGAUAGCUAUGACUCUAUACAACAGUCAGGAAACGCAGGAAAAGAAGAUAUGCAUGACCAAGGAAGUCGAUUUUUGCUACCAGCCUCAUUCACAGGAGGACCAAGAUACAUGAAGAACAACUAUCUUGAUGCAAUGGCUAUAUGCAAAUAUUUUGGGUUUCCUGAUUUGUUUAUAACAUUCACCUGCAAUCCGAAAUGGCCAGAAAUCACCAGAUAUCUACAACAGCGCCGCCUCACUGCUGAUGAUAGACCCGAUAUUAUUGGAAGGAUUUUCAAAAUCAAGCUUGAUUCUCUCAUGAUUGAUUUAACAGACAAAGAGCUUCUAGGGAAGACCGUCUCUUCAAUGUACACUGUGGAGUGGCAGAAACGUGGCCUACCUCAUGCUCAUAUUCUCUUAUUCAUGCAUCCUAAUUCCAAAUUUCCAACCACUGAUGACAUUGACAAGGUUAUCUCUGCUGAAAUUCCAGAUAAAGACAAAGAGCCAGAGCUUUAUGAUAUUAUCAAAGAUAUGAUGAUUCAUGGUCCUUGUGGAGCUGUAAACAUGAAAUCACCAUGCAUGGAAAAUGGUUUGUGUUCUAAAUUGUAUCCCAAGGCUUAUGCAGAUGUAACUACAGUCAACAAAGAAGGGUUUCCUGUUUAUAGAAGACGAGAACAGACAAAUAGAUUUGUUGAGAAAAACGGCUUCAAGUGUGACAACAGAUAUGUGAUACCAUACAACAAGGAAUUGUCUCUUCGUUUUCGAGCUCACAUCAAUGUGGAAUGGUGCAAUCAAUCAGGUUCUAUAAAAUACUUAUUCAAGUAUAUUAACAAAGGCCAGGAUCGUGCCACUAUUGUUGUUGAGCCCCCUGAUAAAGAAGCACCAGACCAGAACACUUCAACAAAUGGAGAGUUGAAUGAAAAGAAAAAAAAUGAAAUCAAGGACUUCUUCAACUGCAGGUAUUUUUUCUACACAACAUUUUUCAGAUAUGUCUCAGCCUGUGAAGGUGGUUGGAGGAUUUUUACGUUUCCUAUUCACUAUAGAUCAACACCCGUUGAGAGAUUACAGUUUCAUCUACCAGGAAAACAAAUCAUUAUCUUCAAAGAUGAUGACACGUAUGAAAAAGUUACCAGCAGGAAGCUUAUUGAAAACACUAUGUUUUUGGGCUGGUUUGAAUUGAACAAGGUCAGUGCAGUAGCUCGGACUCUGACUUUAGCUGAAAUUCCAACAAGGUUUUGUUGGAAUAAGAAAGAAAAAAAGUUUCAUGAUAGGAAGAAAGGAUUCAGUAUUGGGAGAAUCAACUAUGCCCCACGUGACAUUGAAGAAGCGUUCUACAUGCGUGUAUUGCUUAACAUUGUGAGAGGUCCAACGUGUUAUGACGACAUUAAAACGUUUCAAGAGGUUCUUCAUCCUUCAUACAAGGAGACAUGUUUUGCAAGGGGACUGUUAGAAGAUGAUCAGGAAUAUAUAGACGAUCUCGUGAGAGCAAGUUUCACUGGUUCUGCAUGUUAUAUGCGUCAAGCUUUUGUUAUCAUGCUCAUGUCUAAUACUUUGUCAAAACCAGAAGUCGUUUGGGAACAUACUUGGGAGUUCCUUUCUGAAGACAUUGAGCAUACGAGAAGAAAGCUAUUACAUAGACCAGAUCUUUGCUUGAGUGAUGCGGAAAAAAAACAAUAUGCGCUUACAGAGAUUGAGAAGCUUCUAAAGAGUAAUGGAACAUCUUUGGAGAAGUUCAAAAAGAUGCCUAAACCACUACCAGAUAUAGUUAAUAAUAACGUUUUGAUCAUGGACGAGCUCAGUUACGACCGGCAGGAAUUAGAAGCUGAUCUUCAGCGUGACACUCCAAAACUUACGGAUGAGCAAAAGAAGAUUUUUGAUGAAAUUACUGAUGCUGUUAUUACGAAAAAAGGAGGCGUCUUUUUUGUCUAUGGAUUUGGUGGUACAGGCAAAACUUUCUUAUGGAGAUUGCUUUCUGCAGCAGUACGUGUCAGGGGCGAAGUAUGUCUGAAUGUUGCCUCAAGUGGUAUAGCUUCCCUAUUGCUACAGGGAGGAAGGACUGCACAUUCUCGAUUUGGAAUUCCUAUAAAUCCAGAUGAAUUCUCCACUUGCUCACUUACAAAAGGAACUGAUAAAGCAGAGCUGGUAAAAGCAGCGUCCCUUAUAAUUUGGGAUGAAGCUCCAAUGAUGAGUAAACACUGUUUUGAAUCAUUGGAUAGGAGUAUGUUAGACAUUGUUGGAGACAAUGAUAAGAGACCUUUUGGUGGCAAAGUUGUCGUAUUUGGUGGAGACUUUAGACAAGUAUUGCCUGUCAUUCAUGGAGCUGGAAGGGCUGAGAUCGUUAUGGCUGCUCUUAAUUCAUCUUAUCUUUGGAAGCAUGUAAAAGUUUUGCAAUUAACCAAGAAUAUGCGGCUACUGUCAAAUAAUCUAUCUACUGAAGAGGCAAAAGAAUUGCAAGGGUUUUCACAAUGGAUAUUAGACAUUGGAGAUGGAAAGAUUGGUGAUGGAAAUGAUGGGGAAGCUCUUAUCGACAUUCCAGAAGAGUUCUUAAUUCUUGAUGCUGAUGAUCCAGUGGAAGCUAUAAGCGCAGCAGUAUAUGGAGAUGCUACUUCUUUACACCAGAAGGACCCAAAGUUUUUUCAAGAGAGAGCUAUACUGUGUCCUACUAACGAGGAUGUGAACAUUAUUAAUCAACAUAUGCUGGAUAAGCUUGAUGGAGAGGAAAGAAUAUACUUAAGGUCUGAUUCUAUCGACGCUUCUGAUAAGUUUUCUGUUAAUGACCAAGCUCUCACUCCAGAUUUCUUAAACAGAAUUAAAGCAUCAGGAUUGCCAAAUCAUAUUCUGCGACUGAAAGUUGGUUGUCCAGUGAUGUUGCUAAGAAACAUAGAUCCUACUGGGGGAUUGAUGAAUGGAACGCGUCUUCAGAUUACAGAAAUGUAUGACUUCAUGAUAAAGGCCAAAGUUAUUACAGGGGAAAAGGUUGGCCGAACUGUGUUAAUUCCUAGGCUUUCAAUAACUCCUUCAGAUAAAAAGAUGCCAUUCAAGAUGAGGAGGAGACAACUGCCUAUUGGUGUGGCAUUUGCUAUUACCAUCAACAAAAGUCAAGGCCAAACUUUGUCUGAAGUUGGUAUUUAUCUACCAAGGCCUGUUUUCUCUCAUGGACAACUAUAUGUGGCUGUUUCCAGAGUCACUUCUAAGAAAGGCUUGAAGAUAUUGAUUGUUGACAGCGAAGGCAAACCUCAACGUCAAACAAAAAAUGUGGUCUUUAGAGAGAUUUUUGACAAUCUAUGAUUUCAGACUAUUUGUUUUGUCUUUUAUAACUUUGUUGGAACGUGGAUUUAUAUACAGUUUAUGGUUCUAUGUUUA